AUGGCCCGUGCCUCGCAGGUCGCUCUGACUCGGAGGCCGGCGAGCUGCUCGUGCUGGGCGCCGGGAUGCUGCUCGUCCAUCUCGGGCGCGCCUGCCGGGCUCGCCGGCCUCGAUCGCCAUCCUCAUCCUCUCCUUCCAAGGUACGUACGUGGUGGCUCUGAUUCAUUUUCCGGAAGCGCGUGCCUGGUGUUCUUUCCCUUCUGCCAGUACCAAUCGAUCCCGCCUGUUCAGAUUUGGUCGAUAUGCGGCAUCACGUUCACCUUCACCAACCGCUGCGGCGACACGGUGUGGCCGGGCCUGCUGUCCGGCUCGGGGACGCCGCCGCUGGAGACCACGGGCUUCGCGCUCGCGCCGGGGCAGUUGCGCUCGCUGUACGCGCCGCAGGGGUGGUCGGGCCGCUUCUGGGGCCGCUCCGGCUGCACCUUCGACGCCUCCGGCAAGGGGUCCUGCGCCACGGGCGACUGCGGCUCCGGCGAGGUCGAGUGCCCCUCGUCGACGGCUACAACCUGCCCUUUGUUUAGGAGAGCAGAUUUUAGCAAUUGGUUACAGGACAGUGUUUGCCAUUGGGUGCAAGGAGAGGUGGGUUCCUUAAAUGAUGCCAGGUACUUGGAAAAUAUCCUCCUCCUUUUGACUGGUCGACAAUUGGACACGGCCACUGAAAUUGCUGCCUCAAGGGGUGAUGUUCGGUUGGCAAUCUUGCUAAGUCAGGCAGGUGGGUCAAUGUCAAAUCGAUCUGACCUUGCACAAACACUGGAUCAGUGGAAAAUGAAUGGUAUAGAUUUUGAUUAUAUUGAGGAAGACUGGUUAAAGGUAUAUAUGUUACUUGCUGGUAACGUACAGGCCGCUUUUCUAGAUUUACCAAUUGACUGGAAGAGGUACCUUGGUUUGAUUAUGUGGUAUCAAUUAUCACCUGAUACACCACUCGAUAUUAUCAUUCGUUCUUACGAUCAACUCCUUGGUGAGGGCAAAGUUCCCUAUCCUGUUCCUGUAUAUAUAGAUGAAGGACCACUUGAUGAAGCACCUCAGUGGUCCUCGGGUGACCAUUUUGAUAUCUCCUUCUACCUAAUGCUUCUUCAUGCCAAUAAAGACGAGAAGUUUGGGCUGCUAAAGACUAUGUUCAGUGCAUUCUCAUCUUCAUUCGACCCCUUGGAUUAUCAUUUCAUAUGGCAUCAGCGUUCAAUUUUGGAGGCUGUUGGAGCUUUCAGUUCAAAUGACCUUCACUUGCUAGAUUUAAGUUUUGUUUAUCAAUUGCUUUGUCUUGGGAGGUGCCAUUGGGCUAUCUAUGUCAUUCUGCACAUGCCGUAUCUUGACGAUGCCCCAUACAUUCAUGAGAAAUUAAUCAGGGAAGUUUUAUCACAGUACUGCGAGUCAUGGAGUAGAGAUGAUGCUCAAAGGCAGUACAUUGUAGAACUUGGUAUACCAGAAGAAUGGAUGCAUGAAGCUCUGGCUCUUUAUCACGAAUACUAUGGAGAUAAACAGGGCGCACUGGAGAAUUUGAUUCAGUGUGGCAACCGGAAGAAAGCUCAUACUAUUUUCGUGACUUCUGUUGCUCAUUCUAUGUUUCUGUCAUCUAACCAUCAGGAGGUCUGGAGGAUCACAAGUGCCUUGGAGAACCACAAGUAUGAAAUUGCUGACUGGGACCUUGGUGUCGGAAUAUACAUAGACUUCUACGUUCUGAAGAACUCAAUGCAAGAAAGAAAUGCCAUGGAUGAUUCGGGUUCACUCGAGGAGAUGAGUGAAUCAUGCAGAAGUUUCUUUGGCCGAUUAAACAAGUCGUUGUUAGUCUGGGGAAGCAAAUUACAUGUUGAGUCAAGGGCAUGCUACUCGAAGAUGGCAGAGGAGCUAUGCGCGCUUCUGGUGGACACCCCAAGCGAGACGCUGAACCUACCCAUGGGGUGUCUUCUAACGAUGCUCAACGCUCCAGUUCCGGACGAGAGCAGGUCGUCGUACCUGCAGGACGCACUCUCCGUCUUCACCGAAAUCCUUUGCAGCGAUCCGUAGCACAAGGGUCCACGGUGUUGCCGUAAUCUGGGUGAAGGGAAGUGAAGCCUACAGGCAACACGCCGAAGAGUUUGUACGUCUCAUGUUUGGUACUUGUAGAAAAAUUAGGAAUGUAUAACUAUGACCUGAUGUUGCUCCGGUGAAUUUGUAACUCUGUCUGAAGACAUGUGUCGGGAUUUUCGUUGUAUGUGAGUACCAGGUCUUGUGAAACGUUGACUUGCGAGCUGUACCAAUAGGGAGUGAUUUUCUGGGCUUCAUUUCCUGUGUAUCCGUGUGUGUGUAUGUGUGAUUAUUACAGGGAAGGGCAGCGUCACGGCGACCCGUGCUUCGGGGUACAUUGGAGAUUAUUGAGGCCUUCGUUUCAGCCGUAAAUCACAGGGAUUAAAGAGU